GCCUUUCACUUAUUAUUUUGUUCACAACACAGCGAUACAUUGAGCGAAUGCACUGCAAUUGGUAUGUAUUAAACAUCUAGCUAGUGACCGCAAUACGACCAAUGAAUACGACCCUGGUUGUGGCAAUAUAGCACUGCUUUCUAGUCAGUAGCUGUGCUCUCAUAAUUCGUGUAGCUAGCUUGGUUAGUCUCUACUUGUGGCUAAACUGGAAAGUGUGCUACUGGCGACAAUGUUGCCGAAAAUCGAAGGAUUGUACACGUUUCUUGUUGUGCACACGUUUGCUGUGUCACGCGCCGCAGAGAACAAGGGACUGUGCUGACAAGUUAUGCAUGAGCUAUCUGCCUCCGCAAGAAAGAGCACUACACCAGACGGGAGAAGCUGUCCAUUUACCAGUGAGUGAUGGAGACGAGAGAGUUGACCGUGGUGGCUGGCAGCUUCGUGGGGUUUCAGCUGCUCUUCUCCGUGGCCAGCCCGCUGUUCUCCUCAACCUUCACCCCUGGCUACGGCCGCCUGCCCUCCAACAAGCUCACUGAGUGGAACUCCAGAUUGGUGUCCACUGUCCAUGCUCUGAUCGUGGGCCUCUUCUGUCUCUACAUCCUGUGGUUUGAUGAUGCUGUCAACACAGACCCCGUCUGGGGGGAGCCUGGACUAGUGAAACUUAAUGUGGCCAUAACAUGUGGUUAUUUGCUCUAUGACCUUGUGCUUCUGGCCACUAACUGGAGCACAAUGGGGGACAGCUUUUUUGUCUGUCACCACUUGGCGGCGCUCUAUGCAUAUGGAUAUGUCUUGUCUCGUGGCGUGCUUCCCUAUUUCGCCAACUUCCGUCUCAUUUCAGAGUUAUCCACACCUUUUGUGAACCAAAGAUGGUUCUACGAGGUGUUGAAGUACCCUCGCUCGGACCGCUUGGUUGUGGCCAACGGCAUGGCCAUGGCAGUGGUCUUCUUCAUGGUGCGCAUCUUCGUCAUGCCACCCUACUGGGCCCGGGUGUUUGCCACCUUCGGAACGGAGGCCUUCGAGCGCUUGGGCAUCGGUGCUCAGGUGGCCUGGAUCACAUCCUGUAUCGCCCUGGACAUCCUCAACACCAUCUGGAUGUACAAGAUCGCCCGCGGCUGCUACAAGGUCAUGAAGGGCGCCAGUGGCAGGAAGGCCAAAGAGGUAUCCCCGCUCAAGCAGAACCAUGUGAAUAACCACACAGACUAAGAGAUACUGGCCGGAGGGGGGGAGACAGGAAGGACUUCAAGGGCUCUUAUAGCCCCUGCUAGCUCCAGCCUUGCUAUUAUCUCCAUACCUGGAAAUCAUGCAGCCGAAUGGGGUCAGGUCCUCAUCCGAUUCAGCCUCGCAGAAUGAGACUGGUCCCACACUAGCUUCUGUACCUCAGUGUUUCACCAAUGGUAUGGUACCCUGGCUGGGUUUGGUUGGAGAUGACAGAGUAGCUCUUAAGGACACUCAGUCUUGUUCACUUUCAACUUCAACCCAAGCUCAGUCAUCUGAAGUACCUGUGAUGGACAGGUAGAAAGCAAUAAAAGAAGAAACCGUGCUCUGUCAAACUCCCUCGGCCAUCAUCCUUUACCCUUUUCAGUUCCCUGACCCGUCCAACCAGAGGAGAGCCUCAUUCUUUGCCCUCAGAAUAAGGACUUCUUAGUGUGCUAGUUUGACAGACCGAGACACCACAAUGCCUCUUACUGCAUUUGCUGAUGGCCUCCUUUUUAUGAACACCACCUACAUCUCCAGCAGACUGGUCCCCCGCUCACAGCAACAGUUCAGAUUGAAUCCCCACUGGAUUUCCCAUCCACAGCCUGGGUGCACAUCCAGGGGAAAUGGAGACAGGGAUGUGGGGAUCGGAUCCUACCGCUGCCGCCAACUCUCCGGAAUCAUUGUUUUUCAUUGGAUGCUUUUGCCUCAUCUCGUCCAGGCUCUGGCUGUGCUGUGUUUGGGUCUCAGUUAUCUCAUUUGUUCCUCCUGUUACUCAACAUCAAAACCAGGAAUUGACAUCAACGCGUCUUAACUUCACUACACUCAUAACCCUCUGUCACAGCGGAGCGGUUAAAUCCAUCCAGUUUGAUGCUUCUGUUCUACCUCUCCCCUGCCUCCCCUGCCUUUAUAAAGACUUGUCAGUCAUAUGAGAAUAAUCACAGAGUUGUUUUCUCCUUCUGUCAACAUGUUUUAGCCUUUGAAAAGAUCUCAUCCAUUAUCUCUAGUUCAGUUGACUGGAAAGGAUGUUUUCUCUCAGUUUCUCUGGAGAUUCUCCCAGCCACUGCAGUGUAACACUACUGUUAAACACAACACUUGUUCUAGUGUCUAUCUAAGGUACCUCUGGGGAUUUUAACUUCCAUUUUUCUCCUCUAUUUUCUGUGUUAUUGUGAGAACUGAAUUUGGAACAAUAGCGGGUCCCUUUUGGGGGGAAGCAUUCUCCUGUCUUAGGUGCUGUUCCGCCUACAGAGUGGCAGCCAUAGGAAUGCUGGAAAUGUGAUGUUCAAAAUUGUUUCUUUAGAUAUUCAUGUAAGAUCAAUUAUGAAUUACCUAUCUGACAAGAACAGGCAUACGCUGGCAAUGUUGUACUAUAUGUGUAGCCAUGUAAAGUCCUACUGUAUUACUCAGUUGGAAAUCUUCCUUUCAAAUCAAGUUGAUUUGAUUGAUUCAAAUCACUGAGAGCUUGUUAAGAAAACGUUGGAUUAUGAUUUAUACUCUAGUUUGGAUCACUAAACAGGAUAAAUAUGAAUUGCAUUAAUCUAUGGGUUCCUCUGCACUUAAUUUUAAUCAGUGCAUUUUAUGUUUUUCACCCAGCUGUAUUGAGUGCAUGUUAAGUGUUUUUGUUUUCUGUCCUCCUCCUGUCCCUAAAGCGUUGACGUCGUUUGGGACGGGGGGUCUGAAAUGUUUGACUGUUCACUGUGGAAUGAAAGCACACUCCCCAUGAUAGAGCAAUAACCUUUUGAGCCCCUCCAUGUACCAUCGAGGAGGGUUGUUUUGUCGUGCCUUUACGCAACAGGAAAUCUAAUGCGGUCCGGUAGAGAUUAGCAUGACAUUUUAAUGUAAAACUGCUGUUUGUUUUCCUUUUUUCUCACUAUUGUAAUCUCUUCUCUCUAUGGAUACUGUUAUGUAUAUAUUUUUGUACCCUGCACAAUAAUGAAUCCAGACAAGUAUUCUCCAAAGUUGACCCCUCUGUAGGGCCUGCUUGGUUUUCUUCUGAAUACGGGAGCGGGCCUCAAUAUAAAUGUUGUGGUGGUUCUAGUGGCAUUAGGAGGAGUGGUUAUGACCAGAAUGAAGAUGAGAUUGGAAAUGUAAUUAUUGUCAUGUAGUUAUUCAGCUACUUCAGCUCGGUUGAGAAGCUAGUGCGAUUCAGCUCACUCUUCUCACCCAGUCCUCCAAUACUUCAAGCUGUGAAUAGAGCAACAUGUUUGUAUCAUUCAUCAGUCAAGAAAACAAUAUUUUCAACUGAGUACAUGUGUAGCCUGAUGAUGAGAUUUCUGGUUCACCAGUAGGCUGUGGUGCGCAUUUAAGUCUGCUUCGGAUGCCUGUGAGAGAGGUUGUACUUCUGCACAAUGUCCGUACAAACUAUUCAUUGGAUGUGUAGUGUUUGUCACUGACUUCAGUGUGUCUGUGGUGUGUUGAAUUGCAAUGUAGACCUCUGGGUGAUUUUUAAAAUAGUUAAGUUUUUGGAAAUGAGGAAGUGACACGGCGGUUUCUGUAACAUCAUGCCCGAGUGCACUUGUAUCUGUAAGAAAUAACCGUGUGACCUUUUAUCCCUUUGAAAGGCUAACAUUGUGUAUUAAGAGAAGGUACAGAUGGUCUCAGGCCCUGGUGAGAAACGAGGACUUGUUGUAGCUCCUGGAAGAACUGGUAGAACUGUUGCAUGCAUUUCAUCUCUUUUGUAAGGUUGAACUUAGCAGUGUCACAAGACUUUUAGCCAUUUGAUACUAAAUGUCAUGGAUUAGCCAGAAAAUAACCUUUGACUGAAUCAAUGAAUUCUUGCCCCAGCUUUUUGUGGCCUCUCUCGGAUAGUCCUGCUUCACCUGUGGAGCAUAUCUGUAGACCGCAGCAGUCGCAUCCUUUAAGUCACAAGGAGGUGCGGAGAUCGAACAAAUGAAGUCAAGAAAAUAACUAAUAUUCAUGGUGGUGAUGAAACAAGUGAACAUGAACUAAUGAGGAAAAAAAGCAUAGAUCAAAUGUUGCCAGUGGGUUUUUGGUUGUUUUUUACAUUUAUUUUAAUGCAAUGACAUUUGUUUCAUUAUUAUUUUCUGAAUAUUUUAAUGUGAAAAUAACAAUACACGGGCCUUAGGGUCCCUGUCUCAACACCAUGUGAUUUAGAUUGUCUACAAUGACCACUACUAAUGAUGUCAUUGUAGCACUGAAAGUUGAGACUUACUUGAAAGUUUUGCUCUUCAAUAAAUUUGAAGACAGAAAAAAGAUUUGUCUCAAUAAUUGCUUUUUGGCUUCAGAGUAUCAAUUCAAACACCACUGACUUUCAUGUAUUUUGUUUACACUGGUGCACACAAACUGUGACAAUUUUAUGAAAAUACUGCAUGUUGGAUGCAUUGUAGUCAGAAUGCGUACAGCAGUGUUGGAUGGUUCUAAGCCUUCUAAGGUUUGUCUGGCGCAGUCCAGUCUAGCUAGUCCAUCACAUUUUAAUUGUCACAUGCUUCAUAAACAACAUGUGUAGACUAACAGUGAAACGCUUACUUACGGCCCCUUCCCAACGAUGCAGAAUAAAAGUAACACAAGAAAUAAAUACACAAUGACCAAUGAUAGUUUGGCUGUAUACAGGGGGUAGCAGUACAGUCGAUGUGCAGGGGUGCGAGGAAAUUUAAUUAGAUAUGUACAUAUAGGUAGGGCUCCUGAGUGGCGCAGCGGUCUAAGGCACUGCAUCUCAGUACUAGAGGCGUCACUACAGACACCCUGGUUUGAAUCCAGGCUGUAUCACAACUGGCCAUGAUUGGGAGUCCCAUAGGGCGGUGCAAGAUUGGCCCAGGAUCGUACGGGUUUGGCUGUCAUUGUAAAUAAGAAUUUGUUCUUAACUGACUUGCCUAGUUAAAUAAAUGUUACAUUAAAAAAAGGGAUAGUGACUAGGCAACAGGAUAGUUAAAUUACCUGUGUGAGAGGGUGCCAGCUACCGCUCCUCUUCUGCCCAUUCUACAGGAGUUAGAGAGAAAGAAGCAUCUGAACCACUGUUUGGCUCUGAUUGAAUCCAGCUCUACCGUGUGUGCCGGUCAAGGGGCUGGGUCACAGACUGGGCCUGAAGAGCGUUACCAAACAUGGUCACAUGAGAGUCAAUGAAAAUCUCUUCUGCUACACACUCAAACACACACACACACACACACUAUGUCACCUACACUAGUACACAACAUAAAUGCACAGACGUCAGUGCUUGUAAUGUUUUUGUAGUCUGGCUAAAUCUGCAAAUCUGUUGGUGCUCCUUGGAUCACAAAUCUGUCUGUUUACUAUAAGUGGAUAGUGUAUUUGAAAACACGGAUUCAAGUAUUAGUGAAAUCUCCUUUUCCAUUUUUACAUAGCAUCUUUACAGCUUUCAGGAGUUCCAUUCAGCAAUCAAGCUCCCCAUGUCUUUAACCAGCACCAUUGAGCAUGAGCAGCAUAGUGUUACAUUAAAGUAACAAAUGCAGUAUUGGGAUGUUUGAGGAGGUAUUUGUACAGUAAGCUUUCCCAGACUUAAAAAACUACUCUGAAAUCAACAUUCCAGACUUCUGAGAGGCUAUAAAGAUAACAGAUUUUUUACAAGGUACUUGAAACCCUUGACAAUUCAGUGGGGAUUUAACAUGACUUUUAACCAGUUUAUCAAAUAGCGCUUUGCUAUCAGCUACUAUACACAAACACUUUAUAAAUGCACACAGACACUUGGGUAUUAAUUCACCAGAAAAUGUAUUAGUCAAGCCCAGAUUUUGUUUCAACUUUCAGUCCUACUGUACAUAGACAGCCCAAAUUAUGAUGCUAAGAACCCAGCCUCCUGAAUUCUUCUCAGCCUAGGUUGAGGCCUUCUACCAUAAAUAGCCAGACAGAGUUGAUGAGGGUGUGGAGAGGGGGGAGCUGGAACUUUGGAAAUGCCCCUCUAGCAUCCAGAACAGCAGUUUUCUGUCUCUCGCUGCUUCUCCAUGUUUCUCAACAGUUCCAGCUACACACGUGCACAUUAUUUCUUUGCUUUGUCAAAUAUUAUGACUUGCACAAUUUGUUUGCCUCUUGGAUCUCGUAGCUCUCCCAAAGCCUCAGUCUUCUCAUCUCCCUUUGCCUGAGCUCUGUUUGUAUCCUAGGUGUCCUUCCUGCCAAGGUGUACCCUCUCUAAUGCCUAUUUUCUUGUGUUUCUAAUUCAAUUUGAAUUUAAAGUUGUAAAGUUAUCCAAACCUUGUCAUGUCCUCAGGACUCCAUACAACACAGUAUUUCCAGUAUGUUAGCGUUCAAAUAAACAGACCAUCAUAAGAGG